AUGCUUCUGGUGCAAAACUUGACUAUCGCCGCUAUGCAGAAACACUUUUUGACAUCCUGGUGGCUGGUGGAAUGCUGGCCCCAGGUUUUUAACAAGCUCAUCAGGCGUUACAAGUACCUGGAGAAAGGCUUUGAGGAUGAAGUCAAAAAGUUGCUGCUGUUCCUGAAAGGGUUCUCAGAAUCUGAGCGGAACAAACUGGCCAUGCUGACGGGUAUUCUGCUGGCCAAUGGGACACUGAAUGCAUCAAUUCUCAACAGUCUUUACAAUGAGAACUUGGUUAAAGAAGGUGUUUCUGCAGCUUUUGCAGUCAAGCUGUUCAAAUCAUGGAUAAAUGAGAAAGAUAUUAAUGCAGUGGCUGUCAGUCUUCGCAAAGUAAACAUGGAUAAUAGACUGAUGGAACUCUUCCCAGCCAACAAACAAAGUGUUGAACACUUCUCCAAGUACUUCACUGAAGCAGGACUAAAAGAACUUUCUGAGUAUGUUCGGAACCAGCAAUCCAUAGGAGCUCGGAAGGAGCUGCAGAAAGAACUGCAGGAGCAGAUGUCGCGGGGAGAUCCGUUCAAGGAUAUCAUCUUGUACGUGAAGGAGGAGAUGAAGAAAAACAACAUCUCGGAACAGACUGUGGUAGCCAUAAUCUGGUCAAGUGUAAUGAGCACGGUGGAAUGGAACAAAAAGGAGGAGCUGGUAGCGGAGCAAGCCAUUAAGCAUUUGAAGCAAUACAGCCCUCUACUUGCUGCCUUCACCACCCAAGGUCAGUCAGAGCUGACUCUUCUGUUGAAGAUUCAGGAGUAUUGUUAUGACAACAUUCACUUCAUGAAGGCCUUCCAGAAAAUAGUGGUGCUCUUCUAUAAAGCUGAAGUUCUGAGUGAAGAACCCAUCUUGAAGUGGUACAAAGAUGCACAUCUUGCUAAAGGAAAGAGCGUUUUUCUGGAGCAGAUGAAAAAGUUUGUUGAAUGGCUCAAGAAUGCUGAAGAAGAGUCGGAGUCUGAAGCUGAAGAAGGUGACUGACCUGAGAAACUCUGUCCUCAGUAAAGCAAACAGGAGCUGUAGAUAAGUGUCAUGUCUCAUGUGUCCUUCUGAUUCUUACAUCCUACCUCCCUGUAUCAAGCAUGAUAUAAGGGCUCUCAUGGCAAUUUAUUUUAACUGUUUUCUAUAGUUAUUGAAAUACUGGAUUUAGUUUUUAAAACCAUGUUCAAGUAGCUUACUGGAGCUGUUAUAGAUUUGACUCUAACCUGCAUUUGUCCUUUCAGUUACCUUCUACCUCCUGUAUUUUCUACUGUAAUAAUGUCAUUUAAAGCCUUCCACAGUGAAAUCCACCUUACCCCUUGGGAUUUCUAUCUGUAUUGGAGUAGAUGUGAUAUGGUGAAUGAGACAGGGCAGUUCUGCUUGCAGAUUAAACUGUAAAAAGUCUCCAAGUGAAUCAACCAUGGCUUGUGUGGCACUGCAGUCUGUAACACUUACUCCAACUAGCCCCUUUCAUCAGUGGCUGUCCAUGUCCCCAAGUACUUUGUCAUCCCUUUACUAGACUUCCAGCAUAAAGCAAUCCUCUAUUCCAACUCCAGGGUGAGGUGGGUGCCCCACUCCUGCAAAGCCAUUGGAAGGAAGCUGUUGUGGCGGCAGUGAUUGGUAACUGUGUAGGACAUGAAGAGUGGCAUCUCUGAGCCUGCUGGCUGUCACAGCUGGUGGCCUGUGUUCCUGAGGGGCUGUCAGGCGCCCUUGCGGCUGAGCAUCAGUUCUGGGGGUGCCUUUCCCUUUCCCUCGUGGAAGUACAAGCAGUGCUGUCCCAUAUACAGCUUUCUCGAGCUGGGCGAUGCUGCUGGCUGGGGGGGGCAGCUUCUUUGUGCUGCUCUGUAAAUGCAUGGCUGCUGGAAGCUAAGACAGCCAAAACUCCACCUCUCAAAGUUUAAAGAUUCUUUUAUGCUGGCAGUUGAUGUGCUAAACCAAACAGCUUAUCUGCUCCCUGAAACUUUAAUUCCUAAUGGAAAUUCUCAGGACAGUUCAAUUCAGAAAUAUUGGGUCAAAGAGUGAAGUCUAUACUGUUGUAAGCUAAGUGAGCAUUAACUGAAAUACUGGUAACCAGAGUACACCUAAUAAAAUAAUGAAAAAAUUGGUCAUCACAAUGCAAUCUGUUCAAUACUACAGUGAUCUUCCUUACUUUGUAACUUUUUUUUUAAAGCAAAUAAAGGCCAUCCUUACACUUA